AUGAGUAACAACAAGCCAGCGAUCUCAUUUUCAUUCAUCUCUUUGUUCCUUCUCGUCUCGGCUGUUGCAGUAACAGCUGGAAAUGAAGUGGAACCCGUCAAGGAUGCAAACGGAAACCCACUUAAGAGUCAGACCCAAUACUUCAUCCAACCAGUUUCAGACAAGAAAGGAGGCGGUCUUGUCCCAGCAAACAUUGACUUCAGCCAGGUGUGUCCGUUAGGUGUUGCCCAAAAUCCUCUUCCAUUUCAACCAGGCCUCCCUGUUACUCUCUCCGAUCCAUCUUCCCAAAAAGGCACUUUAUCCACAAAUACAGAUCUCAUCAUCGAAUUCCAGACCCCGAUAUGGUUUUGCGUUUCUUCAAAGAUAUGGAAAGUCGAUACCUCCUCCUCAAGCUCCCACAAGCACUAUGUAACCACUGGUGGUAGCUCUAGAACCAGAGAGAGCUUUUUCAGGAUUCAGAAAUAUGGAAACGAUCAAAACACUUACAAGCUAGUUCAAUACCAGAGUAGCUCGGCUAUAAAAGUUAUUGGUUCCACCCCUGGUCUUUACGAUGCACCCACGCUGGUUCUCAAAGAUGAUGCUGAUGAGAAGAAUGCCUUUCCGGUGAAGUUCCGUGAGGUUGAUACAUCCACGGAGAAUAUUUUUGUGAAAUCGGGUCUAAGGAUGUUCCCUUCUUUCUAA